AUGGCCCUCGAGGCCCUCUCUUCCGGCCUGCGGAGAUCUUUUUAUACACGGAAAAAAAAAUGUUUGUUAGAGGUGGCUGAGGAACUUUACCCAGAAGAUGUAAAACAAUUUGAAUAUGUAGCUUUGGGUGCAAAUAACACUGCCCUCCAUGUUGCAGACAUUGAUGAAAACAUUGUGACUCAAAUAGUGACAACUGCUAACAAGUUUCGCAAUUUUUCAAUUGCAAUGGAUGAGUUGCUGGACAGUUGUUCCAUAUUUUUGGAACAAGUACUGGGCAACAAGCUGACGCACUUUCAGCAGUGCAAGAAUUUUUCCUUAAUGGCUGAAGCGCAUUCCAGUAUCGAUGAAAAAUUAUCUGAUGAGUCAGUCUCUCCAGACAUUCAAAUAAUUACAAAUGGUAACGAAGAGGAUUUAGAACUUGAGCAACCAGUUCCACUAGACGCAUCCACCUACCUAAAGUACAUCAGUCUGGUUCUGCUGACCGUACAAAAUGCUUUGCUCAUCCUUGUCAUGCGCUACGUGCGCACGCGUGAGGGGGAGAUGUUUCUAUCCAGCAGUGCAGUCAUUAUGGCGGAGAUCUUUAAGUUCACAACCUCGCUUGUUGUUAUUCUCAUUCAGACUGGGGGUACACAAGCAUGGCUGAAGUUGCUUUAUGAAGAUAUUAUCUUAGAGCCAAUAGAUUGUCUCAAAGUGUCUAUACCAUCUAUCAUCUUUGUUCUACAAAACAAUUUGGUCUAUGUUGCCAUCUCUAAUUUGGAUGCAGCCACGUUUCAGGUGUCUUAUCAACUGAAAAUUCUGACCACCGCCAUUUUCUCAGUUCUAAUGUUAAAAAAAGUGCUGAGUAAAUUACAGUGGGCCUCACUGGUCAUUCUCUUUGUGGGCGUGGCCAUUGUCCAGAUGCAGCCGGAGAACAGCAAGAAAACAGCAACAGCCACAGAACAAAGUCAAAUCGAAGGACUCAUCGCUGUCGUUAUCUCGUCUUUCAUGUCCGGGUUCGCUAGUGUUUACUUCGAGAAAAUUCUCAAAGGAUCUCGACAAUCUGUUUGGAUACGUAACGUUCAACUGGGAGUGUUAGGGUCUAUUAUGGGCGCCAUCACCAUGUUUGUUAAUGACGGCGAAAAGUUGCUGGAGAAUGGAUUUUUUCAUGGCUACGAUUACGUAGUCUGGUUUGUUGUAUGUUUACAAUCCUUAGGGGGACUUUUAAUUGCUGUUGUGGUCAAGUAUGCUGAUAACAUCCUUAAAGUCUUCGCCACUUCUGGCGCCAUUAUAUGCUCAUGUGUGGCUUCUAUAUAUUUCUUUGAAUUCCGGCUGUCUCUGGAGUUUACAGUGGGGGCGUGUCUUGUUAUAGCAGCUGUGUUUAUCUAUAGUAAAUUUAUUCCUAGCAGGGCUCAGGUACUGCCUACAGCGAGCAGUGUAGAUGGAUCCAGUGGAGGCUGA